AUGCCAUCACUCAGCCUUUAUCCUCUUCCAGAUUUGAACAGCUAUGAUAUUUCACCUGUAACCGGAUUUCUUCCAGAACGACAGCCACUUGAAAGGUUACCAUCCUAUUUUGAUUUAUGGGAGAAUUUGGUUAGCAAUAUUGUUGAACUAUUGAAACAACGAGAAUUUCGUUUGUCAGUGAAUAAAAUGCCAUUACUCUCUUGUGACCGAUUAAAAGAUGAUAGAGCGUAUAGGAGGGCGUAUUCAGUUUUGGGAUAUAUUGCUCAUGCAUAUAUCUGGGCUGAUGAAGCUUAUGUGAAUCGGCUACCAACACAAUUGGCAAAGCCAUGGGUAGAGGUUUCUGAUUAUUUAGGAUUAUUGCCCAUUGCCUCAUACUCUGGGCUAAUACUUUGGAACUGGAAAUUUGUCAAUUCUAAACACCCUCAGACAAUAUCAUCAUUCGAGCCUGGAAAUAUUGAGAUAUUAAAUACUUUUACCGGCUCGUCAAAUGAGUGCUGGUUUUAUCUACUCAGUAUUUACUUUGAGUAUGUUGGUGCCCCAUGCAUUACGACCGGAUUAAAAGCAAUCGAAUAUGCGCGUAAGGACAAUCCUAGAAAAGUCAUCCAGAACAUCAACACCCUAACAAAACAAAUUGAGGUUUUAAAAAAAUUGCUUACGAGAAUGCAUGAACAUUGUGAUCCUUCAUUUUUCUAUACGAAGUUAAGACCAUUCCUGGCUGGUUGGAAAAAUAUGAAAAAUGCAGGAUUGGAAGGUGUUUACUACGGUGACUCCUCCAAAAUAUUGAGGGUCUAUUCGGGAGGAUCAAAUGCCCAAUCUUCUUUAAUUCAAACAUUGGAUCUUAUUCUCAACAUUAAACACAAGCCAUGUUGUGGUGGACAUAAAAGUAAGGAAAACGAUUCCUUUUCUAAUGAAAUGAAAAAAUAUAUGCCUAGGAAACACAGGGAUUUCUUAAAUCAUCUUUCCAAGGUGAAUUUGCUUAGGGACUAUGCUUUAAAUAAUGCGGAAACUUGCCCAGAAUUAUUACGUGCAUACAAUUCCGCGGUGACCAUGAUGAAACAAUUUAGAGAUGGUCACAUCCAACUUGUUACAAGAUACAUUAUUAUUCAGGCAAGAAAUGCACAAAAGUGUACAUUGCCAAAUUCUAAAACUCCAAAGAUUGGAUUGGCUAAUGCUAAGUUCCAAAAAUCUAGCGAAUUAAGGGGUACAGGUGGUACCGAAUUAAUUCCAUUUCUUAAGCGGUGCAGAGAUGAGACUGAAAAUUCACUUGCAGGUUCUAUCAAUUGA